UUCAGUCAUUCACCAUAUUUAUGUAUAGUUCAGUAAUCUUUCAGUCUUCUGAAACUUCCAUACUCUACACCCCCCCGCCGUAAAAUCGCUAAACAAUACACGAAAAUAUGCUGUAGGCUUCUUGCAGGGGGGGAUAUCAAAUUAAUUAAUUGUAUUGCUCUGAAUGUGGCGCGGAAAUUCAAAAUGGCGGACGAAGGCGACGAAGUUCCCGUUGCAGGGUCAAAAGGAAAGGCGAUCUCGAAUGAGGCAAUGGACAAAAAGGAGGCAAAAUCUUCAAUGCUAAUGCAAAGUCCACGGAUAUCAUCACAAUUUACUUCACCAUUGAGCAGCAAACGUUCUUCCUCAGACUCAGAGCAGAGUUUUCGUUGUAAAAGAACCAAGUUUAACGGCAAAGCACGCAAAGAGAACGACGACGUUGACAGAGUCAGAGAGUCGUGUGGUCAUACUUCAAAGGAGGAUGACGAUAAAACGAAGGCAUUGGAAAAAAUGCUAAAGGAUAAGGAAGAAUUGUUACGAAAGUUAAAGCUGGUGAAGAUGUACAGAGCCAAGAACAAUCUAAACGAUCUUGAAGAACUGAUCAAAAAAUGGCGUUCCAUCUCUCAGCAAGCUGCGCAGGAUUUGUUUAAGAAGUUCAACCAAGAACAUUCAUUAACUAUGGGAGAAUUUCUAAACGGUUUGGGAGUUAAAUACGACUUAAUACAAUAUUCUGAAGACGAAGAUUCGUUCUACUGAGGAAAAUAUUACAAGAGCUCCAAAGAGAAUGGGAACGUGGGCCGGAAGAGACUCAUGAACGUAGAGUUCCUGUUUCAAAGUUUACCCCUAUCCUACCUUUC